CAAGUCGAAACAUCGUUAUCUCGUUCACAAAUAAACUCAUAAAGAAAAAGUUCAAUUCAUUAUUUUGUUUACACCACACGAUAGUGAAUGGUUUCAAUUGUUUUUCAGGAAGUCCUUAAAAUUGAUUAGAUAAUCUUUAUCAUUAAGGAAGAAGUUUAUUACUGCUGCCUAGAAACUGCCGUCUAGUACGAUUUGCAGCUUAAUAAUGGUACGUGUUGUGUAUGACAAAAAUCUUCUCAUAGUUUAUUCCAAACUUUUCUUGUAUUUCGAAUGGAAACUUGAAGAGUCGGAUUUAAAAAAAGAUUUACAGAGUUCUGAAUUUUGCAUUGAUGGCAAAAACCAGUCUUUUCUCAAAAUCGGAUUCAGUGCUGGAGUCAGAUACUUAAUCUUGUAUAAUCCUAAGCGUCUUAGAUAUGGAUAUUAUAUGCUUAACAUUCUUGAUAAGGACAAAUCAGUCAUUUGUAGUCACGCUGGAUUAAAACAUGUCUCAAAAACCGCAGUAUUUGAUCUGUUUGAAAAGUUCGAGGGAUUUUCAUUUGAGACAAAAUAUCCUAUUACAAUCUGUUGUACAGUAAGAUCGUCGAAUACUGCACUUUCAAAACUGUACUGUGUUUCUUAUGAGAAUAGAAUGGACAAGAUGUCCUCGGAUUUAAUGAAAAUUCUGGACGAAGCUUAUAACACUGACGUAGUACUGAACACGGGUGGGGAAAACAUCAAAGCUCACAAAAUUAUUUUACAAGCUCGUUCCCCAGUGUUCCAAAAAAUGUUCGAUCAUGACUUAAUCGAAGCUGCUAACAAUACAGUUGACGUUUCAGACAUAGGUUCAGCAACAAUGAGGAGGCUGGUCAAUUUCUUGUAUGCGUGUAAGAUGGAAGAGUGCAAUUUCGAUGAAGCUAUGGAAUUGUACUAUGCUGCAGAUAAAUAUGAAGUUUUGUCCCUGCAAGAAGCAUGCAAAACCGAAUUGUUGAGUCAUCUUGAUGUAAACAAUGCAUGUUCUCUGUUUACUUUUGCAAGUCGGCAUAGCGAUGAGGAUUUCAAGAAUGGAGUUGUAAAGUUUAUAAGUGCUAAUUUCACGUCUGUCAUAAAUAGCGAGGCGUUUUUGGAAAUGAGUAAAGAAGAUAUGGCGCUACUUGUCCGUUCCACUGCACCUGAAGUGAAAAAUUGACGAUUUUGUUUCUGAAUUAUAAAAAACCGUUCAUCAAAAAAAUGGGAGAAAUACAUUCUAGUGAAGUUAUCUGUCAAAGAUGCGAAUACUAUUGCCUUCAACUAUUUUACUUAUACUUUUAUAAAAGAAAACAUCGCUUUGGAAGCUACGUAGAUGAAAUGCUACAAACCAUCUGGGACUCCAUACCUGAACCUAUCGCUCACACAAUACUUCAGUAGCAUAACUCAAUGUAGAUCGAUUGAAAGUCAUGUCAUAUUUAUGUUAAAAAUUCUGGUUAGUGUUAAUUAAUUAGAUUUGCCUCAUAUUCCAAUGAUAUUUAAUGCUG